GUGGACUCAGUCGCAAGGCACGCACCGUGGGUGUUGGACGCAUGGUGGUGGAUCGUGAGUGUGUGUGUGGUGACAUGAUGCUGGGCGGCAUGGACAGUAAAGAAUACGGCGCCCUGCAUGCAGCAGCCGCCGCUGCAGGAUAUGCUAUGGAUGCCGAUCCAAAUGCAACCGCUAUGGGCAACACAGGAAUGGGGUCAGCUGGGGGCCAGCAAUACGGUGAGGUGAACCAGCUGGGGGGCGUUUUUGUGAACGGACGACCUUUACCUAACGCGGUUCGCCUUAGGAUUGUGGAACUUGCUCAGUUAGGGAUCAGGCCGUGUGAUAUAAGCCGACAGUUGCGAGUUUCUCAUGGAUGUGUGUCAAAGAUUCUAGCUCGGUACCACGAGACUGGUUCCAUCUUGCCCGGGGCCAUUGGGGGCUCCAAACCUCGAGUUACGACGCCUAAGGUGGUGUCCUACAUAAAGCAGUUAAAAGCCAAAGACCCAGGAAUAUUCGCUUGGGAGAUUAGGGACAGAUUACUUGCCGAUGGAGUGUGUGAUAAAUACAACGUGCCUUCCGUCUCCAGUAUUAGCCGGAUCUUAAGAAACAAGCUCGGGGGUGCCCUAUACCCCGUCCCACCUCUCUAUCCGGUGCCCCCGCAGAGAUGCUGGCCUUUGCAUCAGCCUUACGACUAUUAUAUGUACUUACAAGGUCGUCAACACGCGACAGGCGCGCCGCAUGGCCUUCCCCAUCCCCACCAGCCGACGGGGCCGCACGCGCAUGCCCACGCCAUAUGACCACCAAUCUCUCCGUUCUUGUCUAGCCCAAACCUCGUUGCAGCGCCAGCAGCUGCAAAAGUCAUGACGCCGUCUCACAUGACCGAUCCGAAUAUAUCGGUGAAUACAUCAGUGACACCAAACAGCAUUCCAGCAUCAGACAUGCCUAAUUUACCAACGCGAAUGUCAUACUGCAGAUUUGCCCACGACAAAGGUGUGAGAUGACGUCAAGUUUUACAGGAAUUUUUAUAAUGAAUUUACCAAAGGUUAGAUAGAGCAGCAAUAUUCUUUAUUGCUUUGCUGUAGUCAGCUUAUUAUUAACUCCCUCCCUAUUUGGCUUGACAUUCUACACCAUCGAUGUCAUUCGAGAUUUGUGGUCGUGAACGGAGAAAAUGACACAAGGUGGAGAUAUAUUUUAGUCGUUUGUUCAUUUUGACCAAGUAUUAAUUAAUUGUAAAUAAUCUUAUAAUAAUUUUAUCAGUUUUGCUUGUAUUAUAAAUAAUUUGAUAAUGUAAGGAUAUAGGUACAUAAUACAUAGUUAAAUUAUAUUCUGAAAAUAUUUUUAUAUGUGAAACUAAAACUUAAAAUAAGUAUAUAUUAAGUAUUAAACUUAUGUAUUCGAGUUUAAAAUAAUAAUUUGGUAUGUACAUAAUAUUUUACCUCAGCAAGGUGCGAAAUGUAAAUACCUAUUUAUUACUAAGUUUUAAUCAACUGUAACGAUUGGGCAAUCUACUUAAAUACUGAAACGUUACUUAACAAAUAUAUUUAAGUAAUGAUAAGUUAAUUAUGGCUUGUGGUGUAUUAAACUUUAUACUAUAGGUACCUACUCCUAAAUUUUGUAAAUAGCUGUCAAAGGGUCAAAGAAUCAGAAGAUUAUAAUUAUUUCAUAAUUAUUUUUAAGUUUCUUCGUUUUACACGAUCCUAUUUUUUGUUAUCUGUGGUUUGAAACUAGGAAAUGUCCGCUGAAACGAGAAAUUUGUAUUUGUUUUAAUUUAUUGGUCAACAUGAAUGUUGUAACAGAUCUUCUUGAGUGAAACGUUUAAACAUUAAUUAGAUAAGUUCUAGGUAAGUAUUACGUGUCAUAUAAAGCAAGUUCUAUUAAUUAUUAUAAAGCUGUACUUGUAUUUCGAAAAAUAAAUCUAUUUGAAACCCACA